UGCCGAGAAGCAGACGUUAAUUUCGGUGGAAGUUUGAGAGAGACACCAACCAACGGCAUCUACAGCCAGCCAGCUUCACAGCUCUACUACUGCAACAGUACUACUCCUCUUCUUCCAGCAAACAUGACAGAGAGACGCAUCCCCUUCAGCCUGCUCCGCACCCCUAGCUGGGACCCCUACAGGGACUGGUACCAGGGCAACCGACUCUUCGACCAGUCCUUCGGUAUGCCUACCCACGCAGAGGGGUUACCUUCCUUCUCCAGCACCCACUGGCCCGGAUACAUGCGCCCCGCCCUCGGCCACGACCUGUCCUCUGCCGGCUUCAUGCCCUCUAUGAUGCCCCACCAGCAGAGUGCAAUGAUGCCCUUAGUCCCAAUGAUGCCCCAAGCCCCAAUGAUGGUCCAGGCCCCUAUGAUGGCCCAGGCUGGGGCAGCAUCGUACUCCCGCGCCCUUUCCCGCCAGCUCAGCACUGGCAUGUCUGAGAUCAAGCAGACCCAGGAGGCCUGGAAGGUCACUCUGGACGUCAACCACUUCUCCCCUGAAGAGUUGGUAGUCAAGACCAAGGAUGGCGUGGUAGAGAUCACUGGCAAGCAUGAGGAGAGGAAGGACGAGCAUGGAUUUGUGUCCAGGUGCUUCACCAGGAAAUACACACUGCCCCCUAUGGCUGAUGCUGAGAAGGUGACAUCCACCUUAUCUCCCGAGGGAGUGCUGACCGUGGAGACUCCUCUGAACAGGCAGGCCAUCAAGGCUGCAGAGAUCUCCAUCCCUGUCGCCAUGGGCAGCAGCAAGACCAAGCCCUACGACAUGACAACGAGGAAGGGAAGUGGCAAUGAAGAGGAGGAAUAAGAGGAGUGAAACUCCAAACAUAAACAUAAACACACACUCACACUCACACACACAUAGUAGACACAGAUGAAAUGGUUAGACAGAAAGAGAGAAGGUAUGCAAAACUGUGAUAAUUCCACACCUAUUGUAUAGUUACAGUAGGCUCUGGAAAUGCAUCUAUAACGUUAUACGUUUCACGUGUGCUCACACUAACACCACUUGCCUGCUCUAUCCCACACUGCAGUAAUUACUAUCUGCAUUUGAGUCAAGCCAUAACAAAAAACAGUUACACACACACACACACAUACAUACACACACACUCUCCUCAUUCCUACUAUGCGCUUGCUAGGAACUGAAAAUGAUUAGAUCUGCAAACAGUGACUGCAGUCCUGCUGUUGCAUCAUCAUGCUGUGCUUGCUGCCUCUCUCUCCCUCUCUCUCUCUCGCUCUCCCUCUCUCUCUCUCUCUCUCUCUCUCUCUCUCUCUCUCUCUCUCUCUCUCUCUCUCUCUCUCUCUCUCUCUCUCUCUCUCUCUCUCUCUCUCUCUCUCUCUCUCUCUCUCUCUCUCUCUCUCUCUCUCUCUCUCUCUCUCUCUCUCGCUCUCUCUCUCUCUCUCUCGCUCUCUCUCUCUCUCCCUCUCUGCUUACAGACGUUAACACAGCCAAGAAGAGCCAAGAUACCAGUGAUACUGUAGUCUAGUCCCAGAUCAUUUUGUUGACAAUGACCAUAGGAGUUGGAAAGACUGCACAAACUGAUCUGGACCAGGCUAGUGAUACACACAGAACACCAAAGAACCAAUGGGCCAGCACAUGGGCCUCUGACUAUUACACCCAUAGAAAUUCUAUUCAUUCUUUUUCUAUGAUUUCACCAUCCUCUGACUGUUACUGGCCACUCACUGUUGUUAAAAUAUGGUCUGAAAUACUGGUCUGUACUGUAGUUGCAUUUGGAAAGCUGUACCCACGUAUAACGGUGAAUAAAGACAAAUCCUAAAAG